UACUGCCCUUUAAUCAAAUACGCCGUUUGCUCGAGGGCAGAAUUGGCCAUCAUGAAGUUGGACAAAGAUUCGAUUAGAAUAUUAAUGAAAGGACUUUUAGUUAAUUCUUUUUCAAUUUUAGAAUUUGAAGAACCUGAGCUUCGUUUGCCGAAAUAUCCCUUGAGCUUUAAAGGGUUGUCCGAGUCGCUGAAAAUCAAACGUUCAGAUAACGGGGUGCCAGUGACCGAGUUCCUAAAGAUAUCCAAGGUUCCUGCACCUGAUGGGGAUUCAGGACACGGUAGGAAAAGAAAAAGAGGUGAAGAACAACAAUCCGUGGUAUCUGAGCUAGAAGUUUCGACAGAUAUUUUGAACGACGAAGACAUAGAUGUUAUGAUAGAUAAUUUGAACAGAUUUAUGAAAAAGAGCAAUAUGGAUCAGCUGGAACAGGUUGUUAAACAGUCUAAAAAUGUGAAAGAGCUUACAGCAGGCUUGGGAAUUCAUUUGGUUGCAAAGUUGGCUGAAAAUGCUUCAGUAAGAUAUGGUCAUAAAGGAGACUACAAAUGUCCCUGUGGAUGUGACAGUAAACUUCAACAAGAUCCUGAUAUGUGGAUAGGUUCUGAAGAGCUAUGGUAUGGAGAACUUGACUUGAUAUCUGGGAAUAAGGCAACUGGCGACAGUUUAGUAGCCUUCAGUGUUUCGAAUGAAGUUGAGACAGAGGAAAAUAAUGAUGAUGAAGGAGUAUUAACAUUUGAACAUAUAAACAGCUCUAAAGAAGGAAAUUCAACACAGGAGAUGAGAUAUAGGGGAGAAAACGAAACAUUUAAAGACAACACAGUGGACUGGUCCCAAAUAAAAUCCUCUCGCACAGCUACAAUCAUGAGGCAUGUUGUUGCUCAGUCUAUUGUAUUUGCUUUUACUGAAAGGAACAGACAUAAGAACAAAGGACGGCUUUUCCCGUCAGUUCUUCUUACACCAGCUUUCUUCCAAGUGUUUAUUUACAAUCCAGUCGAUGAUCUGUUGUUUAGAUCUAACCAAUUUUAUUUCUCCUUUGAUGAAAAUGACUGCAGACCAUUUUUUAUUCUUUGGGUUAUACUAAACCAUAGAAUUUUUUUGGUAGAAAAGCUGUCUAAUUCUUUGAAAGUUUCGUGCUCGGGGUUUAAGAGAGUUAUGGAGAGUGUUCCUGAAAAAAUAAGUAUUUUCAAGAUGCUUGAUUCAUAUGAACCUGAGAUUUCUGUUAAAAAGUGCAGUGAUUCUGGACACACUGUGUAUCCACAUGAAAUGAUUGAUCAUGAGUGCUACAUUGAAGCAAUGAAGAGAUGUGCAUCAGAAAGUGAUUGUCAGAGGUAGUUCAGCAUGUUCAGAUAUGAAAUGAAAGUUUUUUACAGUGGAACAUUUUAGUAAACCUUUUUUUGAUUGGCUGGUGUUUAACAUGACUAUAUUGUCCAUAGUCAUUAAUAUUUUAAUUGUGGACACUUUAGCUCUGUCAGUUUUCAAGAUAUUUCAGCUUAGUUGACUCGGUAUCAACUGUUUUUAGAUUUGUGCAAAUAACUAAUAAUUAACUAUCAGUCUGUAUCUCUAGAACACCUACAUAUAAAAUGUAUAUUGAAUUUUUCGUAAUAUUUCCUUAUUGCUUGAUCUUUUUACAUAACUGAGUAAGUUAAGUCUAGAUUUGUUUGUAAGGCAUCUUUCUCGUCAAAUGCUAACAAUAAAAAUAGAGAACUCUU